AUGACCCCAUUCAUACCGUUAUCAGUUAAGGUUGCUCUAGGAUUAGGCACUCUUGUAGGUGCUACAAUAGCUGUGAUAAAUAACAAAGAGGCUAUAUAUGAAACUGCUGAGGCUUUUUUCUCAAGGGGAGCUGAAUAUUGUAGAGAAAAGUUAGAAGAAGCAAAGAUUGCAAACGAAACGAAUUUUGCAGACCAUUAUCAGGAUGAAGAAUUAAAGGAUGUCAGCGCUGCUAGAUCAACAGGUUCAAAUUUGAGAGAUGAAAGUGACUAUGAAGAUAUCAGUACCCCCGAAACAUCCGACUUUUCAGAAAUAGAUACAGAUUUCCAGGACGACGAUGAUAUCAGUGAUGGAAAAGAACAGUCUGAUGAUUUUGAUACUGCUAGUUUAGAUUAG